GAGACCAUUAAUGGAUUUCUGUUGUGUUUAAAUUCUCUGCAGAUUAUACUGUAAAUAUUUGAUGAAGUACAGUAUAUGUGUGUGUCUGUGUAUAUAUACAUUGUUAUAGUCAGCUGACCUUUGAAAAUCCUAGCUCGCGCAUUGUAGUCUUUGAAGCCUGAAGCCGAUUUUCGCCAUUUUAGAGAGCGGCUGUUGUCUAUGGAAGAUACUGAUGUAUUUUGUAUUCUAUUGGGACUUUAGAAAAAUCACCUGGAAGAAACUGAUAGGGAAUUAACUCCUGGGAAGCCCCAGGUUUUGCUUGUGUGUCUGAACGUGUGUCUUGGCUUUCCCCUGCCUAAAUAUUUCCCCGGUGUGCGGGAUUUUUGGAGGGAGCUUUGCCUCUAAUAACUCUUGUACCAGCCAAAGACUAAAUGUGCAGCCUUCACAGUACACCCCCGUGCGGAAGAUUGUUUCGAUUAUUGGAUUAACUCUUCUGUUUCGCAGGCCCAGGAAGCCAAAGAGUUAAAGCUCAGUUUAUUCGCUGCCUCAAACUGUUCAGCAAAAUUAACUUUGGGCCAGGCAUAGAAACGACUCACCCCACCCCCGAGUGCUAAGCCUGUAUCCGUUUAUGUUGGUCUCCAGAGGGCUGAUCGCUGAAGAGUUACACUCGUGUCGCUGCUUUGUAAGAACUCUUGGGAGAUUUUUCACUCAACAGGCUUGUUGUGAUGCGUAUCCCCGUAGAUACCAGCACCAGCCGCCGCUUCACGCCGCCCUCCACCACUCUGAGCCCGGGGAAGAUGAGCGAGGCGCUCCCGCUGGCCGGCCAGGAGAACAGCGGCGCCCUGGUGGGGAAGCUGAGAACUGCAGACCGCAGCAUGGUGGAGGUGCUAGCGGAUCACCCCGGGGAGCUGGUCCGCACUGACAGCCCCAACUUCCUCUGCUCCGUGCUUCCGACGCACUGGAGGUGCAACAAGACGCUGCCGAUUGCUUUCAAGGUAGUGGCCUUAGGCGAUGUCCCUGAUGGGACACUGGUCACAGUAAUGGCUGGAAAUGAUGAAAACUACUCUGCAGAGCUCAGAAAUGCUACAGCUGCCAUGAAAAACCAAGCAGCAAGGUUCAAUGACCUCAGAUUUGUGGGUAGAAGUGGAAGAGGGAAGAGCUUCACCCUAACCAUCACAGUCUUUACAAAUCCUCCACAAGUAGCCACGUAUCACAGAGCCAUCAAGAUAACGGUGGAUGGACCUCGAGAACCCAGAAGACAUCGUCAGAAACUAGAUGAGCAGACAAAGCCCGGGAACUUGUCCUUUUCAGAGCGUCUGAGUGAACUGGAGCAGUUGCGUCGCACAGCCAUGAGGGUCAGCCCACAUCACCCAGCCCCCACACCUAACCCACGAGCUUCCUUGAGCCACACCACUGCUUUUAACCCUCAGCCUCAGAGUCAGAUUCAGGAUACAAGGCAAGUACAGCCAUCUCCUCCAUGGUCCUAUGAUCAGUCCUACCAAUACUUGGGAUCAAUCGCCACGCCCUCAGUGCACCCUGCCACUCCAAUUUCACCUGGGAGAGCUAGUGGAAUGACAUCCCUCACUGCGGAACUCUCAAGCCGACUCUCAAGUGCUUCUGACCUAACAGCAUUCAGUGAUCCCAGGGUGGGACUUGAUCGCCCAUUCUCCACUCUUCCUUCAAUUUCUGAUCCUCGUAUGCACUAUCCUGGAGCAUUCACCUACACCCCAACGCCUGUCAGUUCAGGAAUAGGAAUUGGUAUGUCUGCUAUGACCACUGCCACAAGAUAUCACACUUAUCUCCCUCCUCCAUAUCCUGGUUCUUCUCAGUCUCAAGGUAGCCCAUUUCAGACCAGCUCACCUUCUUACCAUCUCUAUUACGGGACAUCAGCAGGGUCAUACCAGUUCUCCAUGAUGUCUGGGGGAGAUCGGUCACCCCCACGUAUCCUCCCUCCUUGCACUAAUGCUUCCACAGGGUCUACUCUCCUCAACCCCAAUCUUCCAAACCAAAGCGAUGUGGUGGAGGCAGAAGGUAGUCACAGCAACUCCCCUACUAACAUGGGCACCACAGCAAGGCUGGAAGAAGCGGUAUGGCGACCAUAUUGAAUUAAUUAUAAGUAGAGAUGGGCCAGGACUAAAGUGCUUUUUAUCUGCUGAUGCCCAUAGGUAUCCCAUAAAUACCUUUCUUGCCUGUGGGCACUGCCAUGUUUAUACAUCACUUUCAGAAGCAAACGAUCCAAAAGUCAGUACUUCAGGAAUGAUGUCAUGGUGUUAGCCAAUCAGUGAAGGGAUGUCAUUCGAGAAAAGUAGCCUUUUUCAAGGGCUGAACUUCUGGAAAGGAGAACAUUUAAGUUGGUCUAGAGAUAGGGAAGGUGGGUAGAUAGACAUACCAGUGGUCUCCAAACAUCCUUGAUUUUGGAGGUCUCCCAAAGUCCUAAAAAGUGCUUUAGUUCACUUCUAAUUUUAAGACUUAAAAUCUAACACAAUCUUAGUGAGUAUACUUAAUCAUAUGGACGUGUUAGUUAUAAGGAAGUAUAGGAAGAUUCCCAGAGGGAAACUGUGAAUGCUUCUGAUUUAGCAAUGCUGUGAAUGAGAAGUUUUAUAUCUUGGACAUUGACUUUUUUACCAAGUUAUAUAUUCCAAAGAAUAUGGAUUUUUUUAUUAUUAUUAAUUUUUUAAGGAUGCAACUCAUCCUGCUUUGCAUCUAACUUCUUUUAUUUCUUUUUUGGCACCUUAUAUAUUGCAAAAAGAUUUCAUUUUUUUAAAAAAAAUCAUGCUUGCUUCUUUAUUGCUUUGUCAACUGAAAGAAUCAGCCCCUUUUCAAUGAGGUAAUUUAACUUUUUUUCUUUUGGACUUUGUGUAAUGCAAUGGCUACAGCCUUAGGUCAUUUUCAACUACUGUACUAUUAUGAUUUCCUCAAUAUUUAU